AUGGCGCAUUCUCACUCUCAUGACGAGGUGGGCGGCCACUCUCAUUCCCACGACAGCUUCUCAGUUGCCGACCAUGGUCACUCACAUGAGAUUCUCGAUGGGCCUGGAAGCUAUCUAGGACGCGAGAUGCCCAUAGUUGAAGGACGAAACUGGAGUGAGCGAGCUUUCACCGUUGGCAUUGGCGGCCCCGUCGGCUCCGGCAAAACCGCGCUCAUGCUCGCCCUCUGCCUGGCCCUGCGCGAAAAGUACUCGAUAGCCGCCGUGACGAACGACAUCUUCACGCGCGAAGACGCCGAGUUUCUCACCAAGAACAAGGCUUUGCCGGCUCCCCGCAUCCGCGCCAUCGAGACGGGCGGGUGCCCGCACGCCGCCGUGCGCGAGGACAUCUCGGCCAACCUGGCAGCGCUCGAGGACCUGCACGCCGAGUUCAGCUCCGACAUGCUGCUCAUUGAGUCCGGGGGCGACAACCUGGCCGCCAACUACUCGCGCGAGCUCGCUGAUUACAUCGUCUAUGUUAUCGACGUCAGCGGCGGGGACAAGAUCCCGCGCAAGGGUGGCCCGGGGAUCACGCAGAGCGAUUUGUUGGUAGUCAAUAAGACGGACCUUGCGGAGGCGGUCGGGGCGGAUUUGGAUGUCAUGGAGAGGGAUGCGAGGAAGAUGAGGGAGGGCGGCCCGACGGUGUUUGCGCAGGUCAAGAAGGGAGUGGGCGUUGAGCACAUCGUGAACUUGAUUGUGAGUGCCUGGAAGGCGACAGGGGCCGAGGGGGAGAGGAAGUCUAAGGGGGGUCCCAGACCGACACCGGGAUGGGAGACGUUGGUGUAG